CUCUGCAGAGCACUUUGCACCGCUUAAGGCAAUAGAGCUCUUGCAUGUGCAAGCUGCAGAGGGGCCCCAACUGGGCCACCCUCCCCAAAUUGGCAUGAGGCCUGGAGCCACAACCGAGUCUUCUUCCCAGGUUGAAAUGUUGAAAUUCUCUGCCAUGCCAAUGGUACUGCUGUACUACUUGACUCUCUGGGGCCAGAUAGCUGAUGUUCAAGGCACAGAAGAGCCUGACUUAUACCAUGGUUGUUUGGAAGGAAGCUGUUACCCAGCCACAGGAAACCUGCUCAUUGGGAGGGCCCAAAACCUAAGCACUACAUCAACGUGUGGCCUGGAAGAGCCUCAGGAGUAUUGCAUUGUCAGCCAUCUUCAGGACUCUGAGAAAUGCUUCAUUUGUGACUCACGCUCAGCCUCUUUCCGUGAGAGCCACCACAUUGAGAAUGUCAUCUACCUUACUGGCCAGAAUGGUGAACAGACCUGGUGGCAGUCUGAGAAUGGUGUAGAGCAGGUCAGCAUUCGAUUAGACCUGGAAGCUGAAUUGCAUUUUACUCACCUAAUAAUGAAAUUCAAGACUUUCCGCCCAGCAGCAAUGCUCAUUGAGCGUUCAUCGGAUUUUGGGCAAAGCUGGAAAGUUUAUCGCUACUUUGCCUUCAAUUGCUCCAAGCUCUUCCCAGCUGUCCCUACUCAGAUCCCAACACAUGUCAAUCAAGCAAUGUGCGAUGAGCGAUACUCUGAGAUUGAGCCCUCCAACUAUGGUGAAGUCAUUUUCAAGGUACUAGAUCCAGCUGUGAAAGUAGAAGACCCCUACAGCCAGGAAAUCCAAGAUUUGUUACGUGUCACCAACUUGCGGGUGAACUUCACAAAGCUGCACACUCUGGGAGACAAUUUGUUAGACUCACGAUAUCAAGUACUGCAGAAAUACUACUAUGCGGUAUAUGAGAUGGUGCUUCGAGGGAGCUGCUUCUGUUAUGGACAUGCCUCCGAGUGUGCGCCGUUCACAGGAUCAGCUACUCCGGUUGAAGGCAUGAUCCAUGGACGGUGUGUCUGCAAGCACCACACCAAGGGCCUCAACUGUGAGUUCUGCAAGAAUUUCUAUCAGGACUUGCCCUGGAGUCCAGCCGAGGUCCACAAUCCACAUGCUUGCAAAGAGUGCAACUGCAACGAACACUCCCACCGGUGCCACUUUGACAUAGCCGUCUACCUGGCUACAGGUAACUCCAGUGGUGGGGUCUGUGACGAGUGCCAGCACAACACCAUGGGCCGCCAGUGCCAGAGCUGCAAGCCGUUCUUUUACCGCAACCCACUGGCUGACAUUAGGGCCAAAACCGCAUGCAUUCCCUGUGACUGUGACCCAGCAGGCUCUUCGGAUGGAGGUGUGUGUGACAGUCAUACAGACACAACGCUGGGUAUGAUUGCGGGGCAAUGUCGCUGCAAAGAGAACGUCAAAGGUGCGCGUUGUGACAGCUGCAAAGAAGGCUUUUACAGCCUGAGCCUGAACGAUCCUCUUGGCUGCCAACCCUGCAGGUGUGACCCUCGUGGGAUCAUCACAGAUAGCAGCUCCUGUGACCAGAUCAGAGGUGAUUGCUAUUGCAAGCGUUUUGUCACCGGGCAAUACUGCGACCAGUGUUUGCCUGAAUACUGGGGUUUGAGCUACGACGUGGCAGGCUGCCGAAGCUGUGCUUGUGAUUUCGGAGGUGCCUACAACAAUAGAUGCUCUAUGAAUGAUGGCCAGUGUCCCUGUCGGCCCCACCUUAUAGGUCGUCAGUGCAAUGACGUGCAGCCGGGGUUCUUCUGUAUGCCCUUGGAUUACUACAUGUAUGAAGCUGAACAUGCCACUGGUCUUCCUCCAACCGAUCCAGAUCUCCCAGGUCCCCUGAGGCCAGAAUCGCCUGUGGAUUGUGUGGAAUAUUACAACGGCGUCCAGAAUGGGCGCAGAGUGAGGCUGAGGCGCCAGCACAGCACAAUAAGGCUCUUGCAGCAGCGAGGGGUGCUCUCGCGAGCCCGACAGUUUCAACAAAAGCCUGAUGUGGAAGUUGUACAGAGAGAGCACACGGGCCAUAUGAUCACAUGGACAGGCUCAGGCUUCGCCCGUGUGCGCGAUGGGGCUGGACUAUCCUUCCACAUUGACAACAUUCCUUACCCAAUGGAAUAUGGCAUCUUGUUCCGCUAUGAGCCUGAGUCCACAGAAGAUUGGGAAGUUGUUGUCGGUGUCAGCUCGCAGGACCUACCAGUAAGUCCACGUUGUGGCAAUUUGCUGCCCUCUGAGCAGGUGUAUCAAGGGAGCUUGCCCCAUACCUCCAGAUACUUGCUUCUACCGAAGCCUUUCUGCUUUGAACCCAGAAACCAUUACAAGAUCGUCGUGCGGUUCCAAAGAGCAGGCGUAGCACAACGGCAUCCUGCAGCUUUCAUCCUGGUAGACUCGCUGGUUCUCUUACCCCAUGUGACAGAACUUCCUGGUUUCCAUGGUGACAACCCAGCUUCCGUGGAGCGCCGGGAGGCCCUGGAACACUACACUUGCCUGGAAUUGUUUCGCAUGGCCACCAUGCCUGACUUGCCCGAGACCUGUGCCCGCCUGCUCUGCAGCAUUUCUGCCCUGAUCCAUGAUGGGGGUCUGUCCUGUCAAUGUGACCUCCAGGGUUCCACCAGCAGCGUCUGCCAUAAACUGGGAGGACAGUGCCAGUGUAAGCCCAAUGUUAUGGGUCGGCAAUGUGACCAGUGUAUCCCAGGCACUUACGGAUUUGGACCUUACGGCUGCAGCUCCUGUGCUUGUUCCCCUGAGGGUUCGAUCUCCAAAAUCUGCAACCCAGUAAGUGGGCAAUGCCGAUGCCAGCAGGGUAUCGUGGGACGCCAGUGUGAUCAGUGUCCACCAGACCAGUGGGGCUUCCCUCACUGCCGUCCUUGUCACUGUAACGGGCACGCAGAGAAAUGUGAUUCACACACCGGAGCCUGUCAACAAUGCCGAGAUUAUACAGCAGGCCGCCAUUGUGAAAGGUGCCUGGAUGGAUACUAUGGAGACCCAGUCCUGGGAUCAGGGCAACAGUGUCGGCCGUGUCCUUGUCCUGGAUAUCCAGGUUCUCGUCACUAUUACGGCAUUUCGUGCCAGGCUGACAGAGGCACAAACCAGAUAGUUUGCUUGUGUGCUCCUGGCUACACAGGGCCACGAUGUGAUCGCUGUUCCCCUGGCUAUUUUGGAACCCCUGGGCAGGAAGGGGGUGCCUGCCGCCCUUGUCAGUGUAACAAUAACAUUGAUCCCAGUGACCCCGAGGCCUGUGACCCACAUACUGGUCAGUGUCUACAUUGCCUUUACAACACCGGUGGACCCCACUGUGCUGAAUGUCAGCCUGGCUACUAUGGCAAUGCCUUUCAACGGAGCUGCCGACGCUGCACAUGUAAUGAACAGGGCACUUUGCCCACCUACUGCUCCGAAGGCAUCUGCCAUUGCGAUCAAACUACAGGCCAUUGCCCCUGCCGUGCCAAUGUGGUGGAAAAGAACUGCGACAGAUGUGCCCAGAACUUCUGGGGUUUCGGCAGCGACUUGGGCUGCCAGCCAUGUAACUGUGAUCCGACCCAUUCGUUACGCGCAGACUGCAACAUGUUUACAGGGCAGUGCCACUGCCAGCCAGGUUUUGGAGGUCGUGUUUGUUCUCAUUGCCAAGAAAAUCACUGGGGCGACCCAGAAGAGCAGUGCUUAGGUAAAUAUGAGCAUCGAAUGUAAUCAGACACUUUCUGCCAACAAUACAAUGUGCACACACAAAACAGCUUAUUGAAAACCCUAUCAGAUUAAGAGUUGGAUGUUUGGGAGGUUGUUCUCAUGGGAA